CCACCAUCGAUCCUUUGCUUCAAAUGGCGCCCCGACUUGAACAGGCCGACCUUGACCUUGUAAACAGUCCGGUUCAGGUUGAGAUCAGAGACGACUGUGAGACACACAGAGAUGAGUAAAAAGAUCUACUUCUGUGGCAGCAUCAGUGGUGGUCGACAGGAUGUUGACCUCUAUGCCCGCAUCAUCACCCAACUGAAGGCAUAUGGCCCUGUGCUUACUGAGCAUGUGGGAAAGAAGGACGUUUUUACGUUAGAAGAAAAAAACAGUGCAAAGGAAAUCCAUGAUCGGGAUGUUGCCUGGUUGGAGGAAUGUGAUGUUGUUGUGGCGGAGGUGACACAGCCGUCACAUGGCGUGGGCUAUGAGGUCGGGAGAGCUGUAGCCUUGAAGAAGCCAGUUUUGCUGCUUUACCGUCCAGAUGUUGGCAAAAGAGUGUCAUGCAUGAUGAAGGGAGCGGAAGACGACAGAAAUGUCAUAUACAAGGAAUAUGUCGAGGCACAGGUUCCAGAAAUCCUGAAGGAGUUCUUUGGAUAAGAAAA